UACGUUUAUCUCCUUAAUAUUUUCAGCUUACGCCUCCUAAUUAAUUUCCAUCAGCAUCAUGCAGAGUGUUUCUACUACUUCCACUCUCUUUCUUCUUUUUCUUCCCUCCCUCUUCCUUAUCUCCCAUUUUCCCUGUAUGGUCAAUGGGGACUGCUGGCUGAUUGAAGGGGACAAGGGCUAUGUGUGGCUGGCUAUCUGCAGUCAGAACCAGCCGCCUUACGAGACUAUUCCCCAGCACAUCAACAACACGGUCCAUGACUUGAGGUUGAAUGAGAAUAAGCUGAAGGCUGUGCUCUUCAGCUCGAUGUAUCGCUUCACCAACUUGACUGACCUCAACCUCACCAAGAAUGAGAUCAACUACAUUGAAGAUGGAGCCUUUGCAGGACAAGCCAACCUACAGGUCCUUCAGCUGGGCUACAACAAGCUGACCAACUUAACCGAGGGAAUGAUGAGAGGCCUCGGCCGAAUGCAGUGUCUCUUCCUUCAGCACAAUCUCAUUGAAGUUAUUGCCAGCAAUGCAUUCUGGGAGUGCCCUGGCCUCAGCAGCAUUGACCUGUCAUCCAACAAACUUGCCCGCAUUGACCCGUCCACAUUCACAGUUCUCAGUCGACUGAUGGUGUGUGAACUGGCAGCGAAUCCAUUCCACUGCGGCUGUGAUUUGUACAGCUUCCUGGCCUGGUUGGAGUCUUUCAACAAUGUCACACACACCUAUGACCGCCUUCAGUGUGAGACGCCUCGGGAGAUGAUUGGCUUCCCCUUACUUACUGCUGCUGGCCAUUCUGGUCGGAAUGCAAAAAACAUUUUGUUCCACCAUUGCCGAGAUGGAGUUAUGAUGCCAGGAAUGACUUCUCUCCCGCCAGAUCUGGACGGACCUUCUGGGAUCGGGCCAGAGAUGUUUGGUGGUGUCGGGCCGUACCACCAGGCCACCACCUCUUCCUCAUCUACUGAACACAGUUUUAUUCCCAGCAUCAAGCUCCAUCAUGUGUCAUUAUCAACAGCCUCGCUUCUUGUGCAGAUUCCAAGGCCCUACAGCAAAAUGUAUAUUCUUACACAAUACAACUACACGUAUGUUUCCGACGUCAUGCCCUUAAAGAACAAGAAAGAGAUGAUCACCCUCAACAAGCUCAAAUCACACACCAAUUACACCUUCUGUGUGGCAUCCAUCCGCAACUCUCAACGCUACAACCACACCUGUGUCUCAUUUUCAACUCGGGCUCAAAAUCAAGAUGACACACUUCCCACACCUUCCACCACUUCUCACUACAUAAUGACCAUAGUGGGUUGCCUCUUUGGCAUGCUCAUUGUUUUAGGCUUUGUUUACUAUUGUCUUCGUAAGAAACGGAUGCAUGAUGAGAAAAAGAAGUCCAUCUGUGUCAAGAAAACCAUUCUGGAAAUGCGCUAUGGACCAGAGGUGGCAGCAGCGGUGGCAAAUGAUCCAGCGGCAGUCCACAAGCUUCAGGAGCAGUCCAGAGAACACCAUCAAUAUCAGCAUCACCAUGGAGGAAAACUCCCCAUGUCAACAUCCACGAGCUCUGGGAUGCUUCACUCUGCCAACACCAGUUCCUCCAGACUUUCCACUAUCCCACAGGUGGAAAAGAUGGCCACUGCUUUUUCAGAGGCCAUGGCCACAACUAAAGGAAAUUAUAUGGAUAUCAGAACUGGAGGGGCAGGGAUGGAGAGGAUGGGAGAUGGUGGACACGGAGGAAUGAGGGGAAUGGAUUUGAGGGACGAUAAUGGAAGUGAUGUUGGGGAUGACUCAGAUGAUGACGGACACGGCUCUGCAUCAGAGAUUUCUACCAUUGCAAUGGAGGUCGACAAGGUCAACCAGAUCAUUAACAAUUGCAUUGAUGCACUGAAACUGGAUGCAGCAGCCGUAGCAGCUUCAGGGGCCUCUACCAACCCGACAGCCUCCUCCAAUCCCACCUCCCCUCCCCCCACCAGCACAUCCUCCCUUACCCGUGGCCUAAUCCCACUGUCCCAAGGGUUGACAGAAACAUGCCAGAUGAUUACUCCCAACAAAAUACCCCCUCCACCUCCACUCCCUGCCUUAAAUACCCCUCUCUCUGAGCGCCCAGGGAUCACUGGUGGUGGCUAUGUGGUCUCUCCCCCCUACCGGCCCCCUCCACCGGCCACUGCUGUACGUCCCAUUCAGAGGCAAAUGAGUGCAGACGCCGCUGUGGUUAUUGUAAAUGCUGUUAAGAAACAAUGUAGCACCACAUCUUGUGGCUCCAUGGGUAGGGACAGAGAGCGUGGAGGAGCCAGAGUAUACAGCCUGGAUGUUCCUGAGCCAAGAAGCCCAGAUGCUUGUAAUCAACAGCAGCAGCAAUACCCAGACCGUGCCAGUCCCGUGGGCUGUGGGGAGCCCCUUGAGAGGCUGCCUUUAGUCGGGAGUGGGAGCUGUGGUGGUGGUGGUUGCGACAGUGGUGGUGUUGGUGCCCAACAUCAGGACAACCAGAAGUCUCAUCAACAACAACAGCUAGAAGUGCAGCAGGACUACCACUGCUCGGAGCACCGCCACUCCGUCCCAGCUCUCUACUAUGAAGGCUCCCACCAGGGCUCCCCAGCCCAGAGGGUUUCCUUCCUUAAGCCCCUAACACGAGCUCGCAGAGAUGCAGCAUCUUACUCCCAGCUCUCGCCUGCCCGCCACCAUUCCGGUUACUCUGGCUACUCCUCCAGCCCAGAGUACUCCACAGAGAGUACUCUGAGGAUCUGGGAGCGAUUUCGUCCCUACCGGAAAGGCCAGAGGGAUGAGGCCUGUUAUGUGACGGCCGGAAAUGCCCUUAGAAAAAAGGUGCAGUUUGCUAAAGGCGAGGACCUUCAUGACAUCCUUGAUUAUUGGAAGGGUGUGUCGGCACAGCAGAAGCUGUGACUAAGGGACUAAAGCAAAUCAAUGAGGGAAAAGAGUUUGGAUACUUCUCUUUAGAUAGGCAUGAUGGCCUGAGAAGAAAGAGGACUUCAUUGUUGGACAACAUUUUGCCUUUGGAUUAUUUUUGGCAUGCUAGGUGUAUAGAAUCUUGU